GGGCUGAUGCAAUAGUUGAAGGAGAUACAACGUGUCGUCAGCGAGACAAGCUCAGCGAAUAGCCAAGCUAUUAAGGAGAAACUAACCAAGGCGCCAAGAAACAAGGGACACUCAUAUCUUCGACAUUUAUAAAGAUCCCCAGCUAUUUAUCUGGUGACUGUGAAGAUGCCUGUUAUCAGAACACUCAGCAAGGUGGCUAAGCACGCCCUCCUGAGCCCAGGAUGUGGCUGUCAACCAAUCACAGUGGCCGUACGGACCAUCAGCUUCUCGCCCCGCCAGGUCACCUCGGACGCCAGCUUCCACUCAGUGUCCUUCUCCGAGACAGACCACCCCAAGGUGCUCAUCACAGGCGGCCUUGGACAGUUGGGGGUGGGGCUGGCUACAAUGUUGAGGAAGCGGUUUGGAAACAACAACGUGAUCCUGUCAGAUAUCAGAAAGCCUCCAAGCCACGUCUUCUACAGCGGACCCUUCAUCUACUCUGACAUCCUGGACUAUAAGAACCUGCGUGAGAUCGUGGUGAACAACCGCAUCACGUGGUUGGUCCAUUACAGCGCCCUGCUCAGUGCCGUGGGAGAGGCCAACGUAGCUCUGGCACGCGACGUCAACAUCACUGGGCUCCACAACGUCCUGGACAUCGCAGCGGAGCACGGCCUGCGUCUGUUCGUCCCCAGCACCAUCGGAGCCUUCGGACCCACCUCUCCCCGGAACCCGACCCCUGACCUCUGUGUCCAGAGACCCAGGACCAUCUACGGGGUCUCCAAAGUCCACGCAGAGCUCAUGGGAGAGUACUACCACCACCGCUACGGCCUUGACUUCCGCUGCCUCCGCUACCCAGGCAUCAUCUCUGCCGACUCACAGCCUGGCGGAGGAACGACAGACUACGCGGUAGCCAUCUUCCACGAUGCCGUCAAGACGGGGAAGUUUGAGUGCAACCUGAAGCCAGACACGCGGCUGCCCAUGAUGUACAUCGACGACUGUCUGCGUGCCACCGUGGAGAUGAUGGAAGCGCCCACAGACACCCUCUCCAUGAGGACCUACAACAUCAACGCCAUGAGCUUUACCCCUGAAGAGCUGGCUCAGGAGGUCCAGAAACAGCUGCCUGACCUGGAGGUCACCUACGACAUCGACCAAGUCAGACAGGCCAUCGCCGACAGCUGGCCAAUGAACUUUGACGACUCUAACGCGCGGAACGACUGGGGCUGGAAACACGACUACGACCUCCCGGAGCUCGUCCAGACCAUGCUCAACUACAUCGGCUCGGACUCGCGCGUCGCGAAGGCCAACUGAGGGGCCAGCGGUGGUUAUGGUGCUCGGUGGUGUGCUGGAGCAGUGUUCGUUUCUUUGUACAUACUGUAAAGCCGGUUGUUAUAGGAGGGAGACACGUGGUCUGUAAAUAAUAGAUUUCUCUCUCUCCUCUCUGUCAUUUGGAAGGGCUCUCAAUCCGUCUGUCUCUUUCUGUGUCUGUCUGUCUCUGUCUGUCUGUAUCUCUCUGUCUGUGUCUGUCUGUAUCUCUCUGUCUC